UAUGUAAUAUUAUUAUUGUUUUAAUCAGGUGUCGUACUAUACAAUCUGGCAACCUAAAUUCUUCCUUUGAUGGAAUUCUUGGUUUCGGAAAAUCAAAUGCAUCCGUCUUAUCACAACUGGCAUCUCUCGGUGUGAAAAGGAUGUUUGCACAUUGUUUAGAUAGUUAUAACAUGGGUGGUAUUUUUGCAAUUGGGCAUGUUGUUCAGCCAAAAGUUAUUAAUUCAACACCUUUCAUACCCAGCGAGGAACAUCACUGCCUAUGUGACGAGAAUUGAAGUCGGUGGAGAGUUUUUGAAUCUUUCAAAUGGAGGGGUAGAUAAGCGAAAGGCAGUAAUCGAUAGUGGUACAUCAUUGGUAUAUCUCCCAGAAGUGAUCUACAAGCCACUGGUGAAUAAGAUACUAGCAGUGCAUUCCGAUAUAUAUGUUCUUCAUGACACUGUUACAUGCAUUGGAAGGAGGGGUAUAAAACUUGUUGAUGAUGAGUUUCCAGCAGUCACAUUCCAUUUUGAAAAUUCACUUUCAUUGAAGGUUGAUCCUCAUGAUUAUCUGUUUAAAUAUGGUGAUUUAAUUUGUUUGGGGUGGCAAGAGAAUAACAUGGGCUCCACAAGUGAAAGGGACAUAAUUGUAUUGGAAGAAUUGAUACUCUUGGAUAAGCUCUUCUUGUAUGAUCUUGAAAAGCAGACAAUUGGAUGGACCGAAUACAACUGCUCUUCAAGCAUUGCACUUGAGGAUGAAGUCAACGGAUUGGUAAAUUUAGUUGGCUUUCAAAGUGAUAGCGUGUCAUCUGCUAUGAGUUUGAUUAUCCAUAGGUUUCUGAUAUUCUUGUUAUUAGUUUCUCUACUGAUAAUUCAUGCUAAAUAGUAACAGUAGCGGAUAGGCAACAUGGGUAGUUAUCGUCUAUUAGUCGUUAGUGUUAGCGGGUCAUGAUGUCUUAAGUAAGCAGUGGUAGUUUAUUUACUGUCAUUUCCUUGUUAAUGCAAAGCCUAUUAGUGGCGGUGAAU